AUGAAGCUCGCCGUAUUCAGCACAAAACCCUACGAUAAAAAGUACUUGUCGUCAGUCCUCGGCGCCAAGCACGCAGAGUCUGGCAUCGAGCUCAUCUUUCACGAAUUCGCUCUUAACGAAGACACCGUCUCCCUCGUCGAUGGAGCCGAUGCCAUUUGCGUCUUCGUCAACGAUGUCGUCAACGACAAUGUCAUCUCCGCCCUGUCAGAAUUUGGCGUAAAGGCUAUUUUGCUGCGAUGCGCAGGCUUCAAUAAUGUUGACCUCGAUGCUGCCCAGCGUCUCCGCAUCAUGGUCGCCAAUGUCCCCUCCUAUUCUCCCGAGGCUGUUGCCGAGUUUGCUGUUGCUCUGAUCCAGACCCUCAACCGAAAGACCCAUCGCGCUUACAACCGUGUUCGCGAGGGUAACUUUGCUCUCGAUGGCCUUCUCGGAAAGACUCUCUAUGGCAAGACUGUCGGCAUUGUCGGUGUUGGCAAAAUUGGUCUUGCUACUGCGCGCAUCAUGAAGGGCUUCGGCUGCAGACUCCUCGCAUAUGAUCCCUUCCCUUCACCAGCCUUUGAGGAGUAUGGUGAGUACAAGUCUCUCGAAGACCUUCUCCCUCAGUGCGAUAUUGUCAGUCUUCAUUGUCCUCUCAUGGAGCAAACGCGGCACAUCAUCAACCGCAACACUAUUUCUCUGAUGAAAGAGGGUGCCAUGCUGGUCAAUACCUCACGAGGUGGCCUGCUCGACACCGAAUCUGUCAUCCAUGCGCUCAAGACAAAUCAUAUCGGCGGCCUUGCGCUCGAUGUGUACGAGGCUGAAGGUGAACUCUUCUACAACGACCACUCGUCGACAAUCAUUCAAGAUGAUAAGCUCAUGCGUCUCAUGACGUUCCCCAAUGUGGUUGUUUGUGGUCACCAAGCCUUCUUCACCGAGGAGGCUCUCACCGAGAUUGCCGAGUGCACCCUUAGCAACCUCGAGGAGUGGAUAGAGACCAAGACAAGCAAGAACUCUCUCACCAAAGACCUCAAGUUGCGACGCCGUGAAUCACUACCCGUCCGCGCCAUCUAA